GGGUUCAAGAUUACUUUUAACUAAAAGAGGUAAGUGAGCAAGGGAAAGACAUGAUUUUAUUCAAUAAUACUGGAUUUUUGCGCUGUUUGACGUGAAACCGUCGUCAAGAAUGACGUCACACUCGUGGCUAUAGGUGCCGUUGCGUUGUGGUUACCGCGUUAGUUACUGACUUCGAUCGGUAGCAGCUAGACGUGUUUUGCACACAGCGAAAAUAUCUGUCACAAUAGCCAUGAAAAGAGAACGAUCGGAAAAGAAGAGCAAAGCAGUAUCCAAGAUGCCCUGUAUUGAAGCAACGGUAAACAACAAAUGUCAGUGGUACGAAGUGUUGCUAGAACUUCACCUCAAGUCUACCUUCAGGCUGACGGGGGCGAUUAACAAGUCUGACAAUCGUCGGGAGUUGCCCACCAUCCCGCAACCCACCCACACGAUGGAAUGGCUAGCUCGCACCAGUUUCAAACAUAGACCUCUACGGCACAACAUUGUUCCGCAACAGAGGAAGCACAAAACCCCAAAGAGACACACGCAGCACGACCACUCGAAGUUUGUCUACUGAUUGGGGGGUCCUUGUGCAGACAUGUUACCAAUCUCAGAGAUCAGAAGUUGUGACAGCGCUGUACCACUGGCAUAGUCUUGCUUUAAUUGAGGGCCCAUGUCUUACAGGUGUAUAAUACACGUGCGGUUUACGUGUGAAACACUGCAAUAUUUGAUCUUUUCGAUUUGUAUAUAGCAUAGCUCAGUUGUUUUAUGUAGAAUUUUCCAUUUGAACUGUAUAAUUUCCCCUUUGAAUUGUACAUGUUUAUUUACAUUCUACAUUUCUUAUUUGUAUUUUAUGAUCUUGCCAGAUAUAUAGGCUUUGUGUUAUAAACCAUUUGUAUCAAUUAUUUUUCAUUUGCACUUCAUCAAGUUUCAACGAAUUUUAUAUAUAUAUUCAGUAUUAGCAUCAUGAGGUAUGUUUACAAAGCCUUUUAUGAUUAACUUCAUUCUACUGGUACAACAGAAGGGUUGAACAGAAUUGGGCCAAAGUUAGGGGUAAUGAGACCUGUGUAGUCCCCGUUUCUCACUUUGGUUGGUGUCCUAAAAACUUGGUGACGGGGGGGGGGGGGGGGGGGUACCAGCCUACACAGAUUCACUGCCACCCUGAAAAUUCCUGAACCGAUGAAUACCUUCGUCACGAAAAAAAAAAUCAUAUUUAAUUAAUCUAAUUACAGUGUAUAUCGAAUAAAUACGAUGUAAUCAAAAUUUCUGAUACAAUACAAUGAAGCAUGAUAGCAUGGUUUAUUGCACAAUGCAAAUAAUAAAGUAUACAUACAAUGUAUAUACAAUUGAAAAAUCAUGGCAUAUAAUUAAAUAAGAAAUACACUGAAUGUACAACUAUAUUAAAAUCAAAUCCUUUGAGAAUACAAAUUAUAUGAAAUACAAUGCAGUACUAAUAGUAAAUUAAACGCCACAUAUGGAAAGAUCGAACAUUGCAAUUAAGUUUAUAUGUGAAUCAGAAGUGUAUCAUGUGCAUGCGUAGUUUUGCAUGAUUUGAAAUAAACACACAAAAAUGAAAA